GCCGCGGCUGGAGAUACAGAAGAACCAGCGAGCCUGUUUACCAGCAGGAUCUCAACCUGACGCAAAACAAAACGAAAAAAAAAAAAAAAAAUAAUAAUAAUAAUAAAUCCGCGUUAAAGUAAAUCAGUUGACACAUUUUUGAGGCAUGGUGUUGGUUCACGAGCCUCUCGAGGAGAUGAGCUCGAGCCGCAAACCCGCGGAUGCGUUUCUGUCGCGCGCUGGUUCCGCGAUCCCGCUGCCUUGAUUCAGGAACAAGCCGUUGGAGAUCCACAGCCAUGAGCACCACCGCAGUGUGUGUCCUGCCUCAACCCAGAGCCCGGCUGGCGUGUGUGUGCGCCGCGCUGCUCUGGCUGCACGCGUCCUGGUGCGUCCUGGUUCGCGCCGCCGGCGCAGAGGAUCAGUUCAGCGCCGAGGUUUGGUUACAGAGGUACGGCUACCUCCAGCUGACGCAGCCCAACAUGGCCGUCCUGCGCUCGGCCGUGACCAUGCAGUCAGCCAUCGCCUCCAUGCAGCGUGUCUACGGCCUCAACGUCACAGGACAGUUAGACCUCAGCACUAUAGAGUGGAUGAAGAAGCCCAGAUGUGGAGUCCCGGAUCAGGUCAGGAGACAGUCAGGCUCACAGACACGGACUCGACGCUAUGCGCUCACAGGCCAAAAGUGGCAGCGUACACACAUCACAUACAGUAUUAAGAAUGUGACCCCUAAGGUGGGCGCACGGGAGACUCACGAAGCCAUCCGGAGGGCAUUUGAUGUUUGGCAGAGCGUUACGCCGCUGAACUUCGAAGCUGUCCCCUACAGCGCAUUGGAGAGCGGUAAACGUGAUGUCGACAUCACUAUUAUCUUCGCAUCCGGUUUCCACGGCGACAGUUCUCCGUUUGAUGGAGAAGGAGGCUUCUUGGCUCACGCAUACUUCCCUGGACCUGGGAUAGGAGGCGAUACGCAUUUCGACUCUGAUGAACCCUGGACCCUGGGCAACCCCAACCAUGAUGGUGAGAGAACGGCAGGGAAUGACUUGUUCUUGGUGGCCGUCCAUGAGCUGGGCCACGCCCUGGGCCUGGAGCACUCCAACGACCCCACUGCAAUAAUGGCCCCCUUCUACCAGUACAUGGAUACAGAGAGUUUUAAACUGCCUCACGACGAUCUACAAGGCAUCCAGAAAAUCUAUGGACCUCCAGAUAGGAACCCUCAGCCGACCCGGUUGCUCACGACGGCGCCGCCUCCUCGUCUGCACCCUCCGUCUGACCCUCGGAAACACGACCGUCAGAGCCGUCCUCAUCGGCCGCCGCAGAAAUCCAAACCUUCCAACCCCAACUCCAAACCCAACAUCUGCGACGGAGGCUUCAACACGCUGGCCAUUCUGCGGCAAGAGCUGUUUGUUUUUAAGGAUCAGUGGUUCUGGAGGGUGCGUGAUAACUCAGUGGUGCCAGGAUACCCCAUGCAGAUCAGCUACUUCUGGAAAGGGCUGCCCCCCAAGAUCGACGCUGUCUACGAGAACAGCGAAGGAAAGUUCGUCUUCUUCAAAGGCCAUCGCUUCUGGGUGUUUAAGGACACUACUCUGCAGCCCACCUACCCUCAGGACAUCUCGCUUUUCGGCAGUGGGAUGCCAUCUCAGAACAUCGAGACGGCUGUGUGGUGGGAGGACGUAGCCAAAACCUAUUUUUUCAAAGGGGACAGGUACUGGAGGUACAAUGAGGACAUCCGGAGUAUGGACCCUGGUUAUCCCAAACCUAUUACUAUUUGGAAGGGCAUCCCAGACUCUCCUCAGGGUGCCUUUGUGGACAAGGCUAACGGCUUCACGUAUUUCUACAAGGGAAAAGAGUACUGGAAGUUCAACAACCGGCGGCUGCGAGUAGAACCGGGAUACCCCAGGUCCAUUCUGCGAGAUUUCAUGGGCUGUGACGGCAUGCCCUCCGACACCGACUGGGAUUGGAGGCCGCCGCUGGACGACGAGCCGCCGCAUUACGAGCAUGACGACGUGGAUAUCGUGCGGAAACCCGAAGGCACGGGUGGCACCGAAAAGGCUGUGGCCAUCGCCAUACCCUGCGUACUAGCCCUAUGCCUGAUGGUCCUACUGCACACGGUGUUCCGAGUCAAGCGCAAGGACACCAAGCGGCACAUACUGUACUGCAAGCGCUCCAUGCAGGAAUGGGUUUGAACAUUCCGACUUCCCCGUUCCAAGACAUGUAGGAUGUACCAUUGUGUCUUACCCGAGGAGUGGCGAUGAACCUCUUUCUCUCUUGGGAGGGAGGAGGAAAGGAAUGGACAGCAUGCCCACGUCCUACUUGUGGUGUCUGCUCUUCCCGGGAGCGCCGUGUCAUUAUGUGUGUGUCAUGUCAGGCCUCAGUUAUCGGCUUUCCGCGGACGUUUUGAGACUCGAGUCACAACUCAAUAAAAUAAUGACUAAAGGACGGAUUUUUUCAAAUAAAAAUACUUCAUGUAUUUCCGACUACUGAUAUCAGCUGCACGUAAAGUGCGGACUUCCUCCAGAAUCUUUAUGUUUCAUGAACUGAUACUCGAACCAAAACACUCUUGGUUUCCAAAGACAUUUCUUCAUGUUGAGUUUUUUUUUAAGCAUUGAAUCUUAAAUUAACUGCGUAUACAUUUUCAAGUUUUAUGCGUUUUAUCGUUCUAUCAUCAGCUUUUACGAUCUUAAACUCUACCUGCAAUAUCUGGGGCGAACGCCUUAACCACAUAUCUACAAUAUUUCUUUUUUAGUGUGAAUGUGUGAGUAUGAGUGAACAGUAUGAUGCGUGUAUGUAUGAUUGAAAUGAUGGAUAAUCUUGUAACUUACAUCCGAGUGCAAAAGUUUGCUCACCCCUAGGCCAUUUUAUAUGAAUAGAUAUGAAAAUUUCUGGUCCUGGUUUACUGAGAUCCAAAACAAUGAGGCUUAUUUGCAUAAAUUAAAAAACGUAGUGCAAGUUCAGAUCUCACAAAGCUAAACAUGUGAAUAAUUGCAUGUCUAAUGUGGCACAUUUAGAAAUGUGGUGAGGAGUCGUUAAAAAUAAUUAGAUUUUUAUGUAUGAACACAAAAGAAUGCAGAUAUUAAAAACGUAAAUAAAAAAAGCAAAUAUUUAUUAUGAAAAAACUUUUCGUAUUUUUGUCAUUUUCAAGAAAUUUCCUAUUAACAGAAACAAUGUUGUUUAACUUA